GCCGGCGGCAUUGCACGGUGGGCCGCGGGCGGGGGCAGCUCGCACGCGCCCCGCUCUCCCCGCCAUGCCGCGGCCGGCCGCCUUCCUCGCGCCCGUCCUCCUCAUCCUCCUUCUCCUCCUCCUCGGCGGGCUGGGCCCCCGCCUCGCCGCCGCCAAGAGCCCCCCAGGGGUGGAGUGCGUCCUCUUCAACGAGGAGUACAUGACCUGCACGUGGGGCAGCGGGGAGACGCUCGCAACCAACUACUCCCUCUACUACUGGUACGAGAACCGGUCGCCCGUGGCGGAGUGCAAGCACUACCUGUGGGACCGGGGCGUCCGCGUGGGCUGCCGCUUCAACCAGAGCGAGAUCGUCCAGUUCCAGCCCUUCCGCGUCCGCGUCAACGCCAGCCUCGGCGGCAAGACCCUCGAGAUCGCCAGCGAGCGCAUGGAGCUGCAGGACCUCGUGAAACCGGAGGCGCCCGUCAACCUGACCAUCUACAACCUGAGCAGCAACCAGCUGCAGCUGACCUGGAGCUCGCCGUACCCCAAGGCGCAGUGCCUGGAGCACGCCGUCAAGUACAAGAGCAACAAGGACACCACCUGGACGGAGCACAAGGUGAAGGGGGAGAUCUUCUCCUUCCCCAGCGUGGAUUACGAGAAGUACUACACCUUCUACGUGCGGAGCAAGAUCAACAGCUACUGCGGCAGCACCCGGCUCUGGAGCGAGUGGAGCGUGCCCGCGGUCUGGGGCAGCAACGCCACCGGCAAGGCUCUUUGCAGGCGCUGCGGAGGAGCAGCUGCACUGGUUCUGGAUCCACACGGUCUUGGUCCCCGUUGCCUCCUGCUUGCUGCUGCUGGUCCUCGUCGUCUUGCUUGUCCGCAUGGAAAGGGUGUGGGUCAUCCUCAUGCCCAGGAUCCCCAAUCCCAGCAAGAACUUCGACGAGCUCUUCAUCACGCACAAGGGCAACUUCCAGGAAUGGGCCGGGGUCCCCAAAGACGUCGUCGAAAGUUUCAAGCCCAACUACAGCGAGAGCAUCUGCUACGUGAGCGAGCUGCCCCCCAAGGAGAGCCACGAGCCCCUCUGGGAGGGCGGUGAGCCACAGCCAGCUGGGCCGGGGGCCCCCGCCGGCCCCCGUGAGCGCGGCCCCUACAAGAACAGCUACGUGGGAGCCUGACGCCCGCGGGCGCCCUGCUGCCAGCGCCCCUGCUGCCCCACGGCCCUCCACCCCCUGCCCUCGCCCAGCCUCUGCCGAGCACCCCGCGCUCACCCCCAGCCCCACGGAUGCGGUGGCCGCGCUGCACAGCGCCGUGGGUGCACUGCUUGGGUGCUGCUUGCACUGCACCGGGUGCUGGGUGCACUGCAGCGUGCUGGGUGCACUGCGUGGAGCACUGGGUGCCCCGCAUGGAGCACUGGGUGCCCUGCAUGGAGCAUCGGGUGCACUGCGUGGGGCACUGGGUGCCCUGCAUGGAGCACUGGGUGCACUGUGUGGAGCACUGGGUGCCCUGCAUGGAGCAGCGGGUGCACUGCGUAGGGCACUGGGUGCACCAUGGGGAGCACCGGCUGCGCCGUGCAGCGUGCACUGCGUGCAGGAGCGGGGCGGCGCGGCGGGGGGCCCAGGAGCCCCCACGGAGGAGACGCGGCGCCGGGCAUCGUUUCCAACGCUGUAACGAGCGGCUCGGCCUCAUGGCUGCAAUAAAGCUCUGCUGCGCUUG